UUCUUGAAGAGGAGAAUAUUAAUUUGUCUAUAAUCGAUAAUUCCAUUUUAGUACAAUUUGGAAGAAUGGAAUACGAGUACAAUGAACAACUGACUGCUUUCGAGAGUUUUUUAACUGAAUUACAUAAAAACCGUUGUCAAGUUUCAGUACAAGAGAUAGUAACUAACGUGUUAGUUAACGAAAAUGGAGUUGAAACUUUCGAGACUACUGCCACUAUGGGCUGUUAUGUCUUCAACAUAAAUCCAGCAUUAGCAAUUGUAUUUAAUCACAUGAACUUCAGUAAUCUCGAUAUGAGAGAGGCUAGUAUAAAUGAUAUUAAUAGAUUAAAAAAUUCAUUCAUCAGGAAAAAAAUUCCUCUCUUGAUAAUUAAAGAUGGUAGUGCCGAAGAGGUUAAACGUGUAAUGAAUUUCGGUAAACUUAAAAAGAAAAAUUACAAAAAAUGA